AUGAAUGAAACAAGACACAAUUAUCAUCACCAUUCAUAUUCUGCAGGAUCAAUCAUACCUUCUUUAUCCAAAGAUAACAUAAUACACACCAAUUCAUUUAUGGAGAGCAAAUGGAGAAACAAUAAUAUUGAUGCAGAGUCUAAAAAUUUACAAGCAGAUGUUAGUCAGGAUAUUUCCAUGGAUAAGGAGAAUCAACCGGCAGCAGAAAAUGUCAGUAUGAAAUAUAAUAAUCAUAAUAAUAGCAUUGCUAGUAAUUCUACGAUAUUAUCAAGAGCAACGAUUGGGUCAAAUAUAAAUCAUCUCUCAACAACUUCAUCAAAUAGAAAUUCGACUUCAUCCUUUUCUGGUUUACAUAUACCUAAACAUAGAACAGCACUUUCUGAUGUGACUUCAAAAGUAGAAAAUAAACAAAAAUUGAUACCUGAAAAUGAUGGUAAUUAUUUUUCAAGAAAAGAAAAUAUUAAACUGAAUAAUAAUGAACAACUCAACCAAAUAUAUUUGGAUAAUGAAAAUAGUAGAAUUUCAACUGAUGUCGUUGAUUUAGAUAAUUCAAAGGACAGAAGUAAUAAUAUUCAUGAUAAGAAAUGGAAUAAACAUCAAAGUGGAGAGACAUAUAAUAGAAAUAUAACAGAAAUUGCAGCAGAACAACAACGAAAUGAAGCAACAAUAUCUAAUGAGUAUUCAAAUGUAGAGGAAGAUGACAAUAAUGACGUUCUAAGGAAACCCAUGCAACCAGGAUCAGAUGAUGUAAGUAAACAGAUGAUAGAUGAAAGUUAUCAAAAAUAUUAUAGGUCUACGCCAGAUCCCAUGGAUGAAGAUACAUAUGAUGUUGUAAUGGUAUCUGAACUAAGUAAUGACAUAUUUGAUUACAUGAAACAGUUAGAAGAAAAAUAUAGACCCGAUCCCAAUUAUAUGCAUUAUCAACCAAAUUUGAAAUGGUCAUACAGAAGAAUUCUUAUGGAUUGGAUUAUUGAAGUUCAUCAAAGAUUUCAUCUUUUGCCAGAGACAUUAUAUCUUACAAUUAAUAUUAUUGAUAGAUUUUUAUCUAAAAGUACGAUCAUCUUAGAUAAAUUCCAAUUGGUUGGUAUAUCAGCAUUAUUUAUUGCAUGUAAGUACGAAGAAAUACAUUGUCCCACAUUAAAGGAAAUCAUAUAUAUGCUUGAUGGCGCAUAUGAUAGAGAUGGUAUUAUUAAAGCAGAAAAAUAUAUAAUAGAUACAUUGGAAUUUGAGAUUGGUUGGCCUGGUCCUAUGUCAUUUCUGCGAAGAAUAAGUAAAGCAGACGAUUAUGAAUAUGAUAUUAGAACAUUGGCUAAAUAUUUAUUAGAAUCUACAAUAAUGGAUUCUAAGUUAGUAUCCGCUCAACCAAGUUGGCUUGCUGCAGGAGCAUAUUUUCUGAGUCGAGUUAUAUUAGGUUAUAAUUCAUGGACACAAAAACAUAUUUAUUAUUCCGGUUAUACACAACAACAAUUAAUACCAUUAGCAUCUUUACUAAUUGAAAAUUGUAAGGACGCACCCGCACAUCAUAAUGCUAUUUAUGAAAAGUAUUCACAUCACCGUUUUGGAUCAUGUUCCCAAAUCGUCGAAAAGUGGAUAACUAUAACAGAAAAAAAAAUACGAGAGAAAUCCAAGUAA